AUGCAAUUUUCCGAUGAAGAAGAUGAACCAACCGCAUCAGCUUUACCAACACCAUCGCCCGUUAAAAAGAAUAAAGCAGGAAAGUUUUUCGGGACCUGCCAAAAGACCAUCAUCAUUAAUUUGUACAAAAAAUAUCAUCUUCAACAACCAAAAAUGAAAUACAUAGAUAUAAUGAUGUCGUUGUCAAAUGAUACAGGGAUUGGUUUAACCACUGUAAAAAGAACAAUUCGGGAUUACAGACAAAAAGGUGUAGUUUGUUCACCUAACAAAAAAAAACAAAGAUUAACAAUCAUCGAGAAAAUUGAAGAUUUUGAUAAGAAUGCUAUUCGGCAAAAAAUACAUGGAUUCUGGUACAGGCAUGAAAUACCUACGUUAAGUAAAGUGUUGGUUGCCAUUAACGAAGAUUCGAGUCUCCAACUUUAUCUCGUACUGGUUUGUAUCGGCUGUUGGGAGAUUUAA